AUGUGUUUCAACCCGGGCUACCCGUGCGAAUGUUUGACCAGUGGUAAUUUAUGUGAGCCAUGCAAGACGACAGCGAAGGACAGGGAGCAGGAGGAGGCACACCUCUCCAACAACAUAAAUUCAGCAGAGCCAGUCAGCAGCGUGAGUGAGCCAGAGAUGGAAACCCCUUCAACUGAAGUUGCGCGGGACCGGGGCAGAAACUGGGGAUGGAUGCUGUCUGCUAUUAUCUGCCUGAACAUCCUGAUCCUGGGAUGUGCCUUUGUAAGCGGGACCACUUCAGGUGGGGUCAAAAUCAGCACCCCGGACCUGCAGAUUUACAUCAUCUUAUUGUUCCUGCUAACAAUGAUUUGGAUGGUCUAUUACACCAUUUAUAACUCCAAGGCAGAAAAUGUUGUUGUCCUCAAGGAUAAGCAUGCAGGACCCAUUUGGCUAAGAGGUGGACUCUUGCUGUUCGGAAUCCUCAGUGUAAUCAUGGAUAUCUUUAAGAUAGCCAGCUAUGUAGGAUACCUCCACUGUGAUUCGGCUGUUAAAGUUGCUUUUCCAGUGGUGCAACUUGUUUUUGUUCUCGUGCAGACAUACUUUCUGUGGAUCCAUUCAAGAGACUGUAUUCAGGUCCAAAAUAACCUUUCACGCUGUGGGCUGAUGCUUAUCCUCUCCACAAAUCUUGUUGUAUGGAUGACUGAAGUUACUGAGGAGUCCCUUCACCAAACCAUUAUUCCAGAGUUUCCUACUAAUGUCACCAAGCUCUCAAGAAGAGAUAUUUAUGCCAGAGCCAGUUAUGGAGAUGACAGUUGUAAGUGUAGCCACACUUCCUGCACCAUCUUCAAGGAUGCAUAUUACUACCUGUACCCCUUCAACAUCGAGUACAGCCUCUUUGCCUCAGCUAUGGCUUUUGUCAUGUGGAAGAAUGUUGGCCGAGCAGUGUCCGAAAGCAGCCACCACCACCAUGUCAAAUUCAGUCUUAAGGAUGUCUUCAUCGGUCCUGUUUUAGGGAUCCUCCUCGUGGUUGCAGGCCUUGCAACAUUCAUUGUGUAUGAGAUCGAAAUGAAAACAAAUUUCUUUCAUGAAGAAGACCAUGAAUCGGCGGUGAUGAUGCACUUGGUCAUGAAUAUAGUUAUUGUGACCAUGAUGUCAGUGUGCACCAUCAUCGGAAGUGCUAUAUUCAAGGUAGACCACAGGGAGCAUGUCACAGAGAAGAACCCGACCCGUAGUCUGGAUGUGGGGCUGCUAGUGGGAGCCUCACUUGGGCAAUUCAUCAUCAGCUAUUUCUCCAUUGUAGCCAUGGUUGCAACUGGGGCCAAGGGCCAUUUGAACAGGCUCAAUUUGACCUGGGGCAUACUGAUGGUGAUCCAGCUCGGCUUACAGAACUAUUUCAUAAUUGAGGGCCUGCACCGGGAACCCUUCCAUGAGGUUGAGUCUGACACAGUGGUAGCAAAUCCAUACGCAAUUGAGCCCAGCAAAGAUGGGAACAAACUUGAAAAUGUAGACUUAGGCAAUAAACCCACCCCUGAUGUGGAAGCCCACGGCCACGGUGCCACAUCAGAGCACAAACACAAGCUGCUGUGGAAGCGGCGAGUGUUGAGAGAGGUCUCCACGUUCCUGCUUCUGGGUAACAUCAUUCUGUGGAUCAUGCCAGCCUUUGGUGCUCGUCCCCAGUUUGAUAAUGACACUGAAACCCAGUUCUACGAGUUGAACAUGUGGGCUGCUAUUGUGAACGUGGGUCUUCCUUUUGGCAUCUUUUAUCGAAUGCACUCAGUGUCCAGUUUAUUUGAAGUGUACCUCAACUCUUAAAUCAGCACCUUGCAGGAAGUGUACAGAAGGCUAUAAUUGGCACUAUUAAACUAUUUUGUACAGACGGUUUUUGAUGAGCACUUUAUAUUAUUUUUCUGAAAGAGACUGUAUUACUAUAUUUUCUUAUAGAGUGGCUUGAUUAU